GGAGUUAUGGAUUGACGUCACUCGUGUCCGUGUCAGAGAGCUUUUAAACAUGUCUCCGUCUGUUUACACGCUCACAGACGUUCACAGACGGAUAGACGAAGUCAAACGUUUCUUGUCUGUCGCUCUCAGAAUCGCUAACGCGCACACCGUGGAGUUUUACACGCACGGCACGUGGGCCCGGUUCGUGGCUGUUUCACCGGAGGAAGUCCUGUCCGCCAUCAGCCUGCAGGGGGCGCCAGAACACAAAGGAGACAAUCAGCCCGUCAGAGAGGCGUUUACAGAGAAACCCAGAACCACAUUUGGGUUUUGCAAUGAUACAAGUCGCCUCAUAAAUACUGAUGAACUGCUGAAGGCGGCCAAGGCUCACUCACUUCCCAGCCUCAGCGUCUGCACUAGCAGGGACGAACUCCUAGAGGUCCUCAGACGGAACCAGUCCGAUGCUGCACCAGCGCACACAGGUGCCGGUCUGGAGCCAGAUGAGUUUAUGAACUUAAAGAAGUCCCAUGAAGUCCAGUGCAUGUCUGAGGUGGUGUCCUCGCUGGCUCGCUACUGUGGAGUCAAACAGGUGAUCGACGUGGGUUCAGGGAAGGGCUAUCUGAGCUCCUUCUUGUCCCUGCAGUACGGCCUCCACAUCUACGGUAUCGACUCCUCCAGCACCAACACCCACGGAGCCCAGGAGAGGAACAGGAAGCUGAAGAGGUUCUCCAGAGCGUACCAGAAAAACAGGAAGGCAGCAAGGGACCAAGGAGGGGCGGCGUGCUCUGGAGUGGAUGAAGAAGCUGGUGUUUUAUGCGGCGCAGAAGAGCGGGAGCGGCGGGAGGAGGAGAAGGUUCCACCACCAAAGUCAAUGAGUCUCUCAGAGUCCACCAGUCUAAAUCCAGAAGCAGAGGAGCUGUUUCUCAGCGCUUUAUCACUGGGUCUGACACAGACGACGUCUCAAAGAGUUCCUCCAGACCAACUGAGUGCUGAGGAGAGAGAGAGAAGGAAGCAGGAAAACCUGGAGAGGAAAGCUCGCAACAGAGCCAAAAGCGCCGCUGGCCUGUUCUCACCUCUCACAUCCUUCGUCACUGAGUGCACAGAGCUCGGCGAGCUCAUCAAGGAGCUCCAGGAGGCGGUCGUGGUCGGCCUCCACACGUGCGGCGACUUGGCUCCCAACACGCUGAGGAUGUUCGCGGCCAAACCAGAGCUAGCGUCAGCGUGUAGUGUGGGCUGCUGCUACCACCUGCUGUCCGAGGAGUUUGACCCUGACGGCCACGGGAGUUUGCACGGUGCACGUGGAUUCCCCUUGAGUCAGUACCUCCGGGACCAGUCCUGGUUCUGCAGCAGAAACGCCAGGAUGUCAGCCUGCUUGGCACUGGAGAGAGUUUCACUUGGCCAAGGUAUUCAGAUGGAGUCUCUGUUUUAUCGGGCAGUGCUUCAUGUGAUUCUGAGGGACCAUUAUAGUUCCUUUAAAAGUGAAAAGCGAGUUGGAAAUGUCUACUCCAAAGCAAAAUCAUUUGUAGACUAUGUUCAGCGAGCUCUCCGAAAACUGGACCUGGAUGAAUUCAAGCUUUCUGAGAGCGUCAUCCAGGGUUACCAUGACACUUACAGGCCGCGGAUGGGCGAGAUGCAGGCCUUUAAUAUGUUGAAAGUAACCCUGGCUCCAUGUAUAGAAGGUCUAAUUCUCCUUGAUCGACUGUGUUAUCUGAAAGAACAGGAAAACGUUGCGUUCUCUGCACUGGUGCAGCUCUUUGAUCCUCUGCUGUCACCGAGGUGUUACGCUGUCAUCGGAGUGAAGAGGUUCAGAGAAUUACAAACCGAUGAUGCAGAAGAACACAAUUGCGACGCCCGUCCUUGUGAUUAAUCCACAUCGACAGUGAUUCCACGAUUGUGAUUCCUCGUGAAUAUUUGUGGGAAGCAUUUCUCACUUUCACAUAUUUAUUCUUUUUUAAUAAUUAAACACCUAAUUGUUUUAAUGAGUGGUUUCGUCUUCCGUUUUGCUUCUCUCCUUGGCUGACAAACGCUCCAAACACCUGGAAAAGCUGCCGGUGGCGUUUGAUUGAAUUAUGGUCACCUCUGCCUUUUGUCUCCACUUUAGAGGGAUUCCUUGUUUUUAAAGCACCGUUCUGGGGUCAGGGCCAUUGUGGGAUUUAAGGAGACUUCUGUUCCGCUUGUUGAGUUGUGGAAACCUGGAAAGGCCAUUUUUAAAGUCGCAGACCUCAGGGAAUAGUGGAGAAAGGUAGAGGGGUCACGAGGGGCCCUCGACCACUCCUUUUAAUCUGGAGUCCUGCUGUGUUGUGUCAUUCAGUAAAUCAGUUUCCUUCCAUAUUUUAAAACAAAGCUGAAGAUUUGUGUUCACAAACAAGUUACGAUGAUGGUGAAGUGAGAAAUGGAGGUACUGACUAAUGUGUUCAACAGGACAACCUA